AUUCACUACAUCUGGUCUCUCACAGUACACAGAACAUGGAAUUAUUUUAUUAAAUAUAAACUGCUAAAUAACUUUUCUCAUCAGCAGAUAGAGCAGUCUUGUGACUUUAGCAGAGCACUGGUUAAAGCUUGUAGGAGGAGUUCUCUUUCUGCUCUAGGAGGAUGCAAAACCCCUGACCUCUGUCUGGACAGUGCUGAUUGGCCCUGUGCUUAUCACAUGCACUCUCCCAAGAGAAAAAAACUUCUCUAGCAAUGCACACUAACCUGAACAUGUGGAUGUGACUCAGGGUUCAGUCUGUCUUAUCAGCUGGACAUUUGAACAAGAGGAGGAGCAGAGAAGACAAGAUCAACCAGCCUUUUUACACAAUGUAGAGGAUUAACCCCUUAGGUUCCACAGUGAGUAUAACAAGCAUGCUUUACUGCAUAUACAGACUGAUUUUACUGUUGUGGGUUUAGAAACACUU